AGCGCAUGCGCCUCCUGCUCGCAGCGUACUGUAUACUGGUCGCCCUGUCCUCGGCCUCGGCUAAGCCUAACCCCAACCCUAGGCCGCGGUCGCCGCCGCUGGACAGAGCGUCGGUCGUGGCCGUGCCCAAAAAGAGCCCUCAGCGCGCAAAGGCGGAGGACGGGGCGUGGCGGGUGCGCACCGCUACUCAGCUGAGUAUCCUGGGCUACCAGGGCCGGAGCACGACGAAAGGGGCCGCACCAAAGCAGCAGCUUGAUCGAGCGGCAGUGAUCAAGGUGGCCAAAAAGUCUCCACAGCGCUCCAAGCCAGCUGUGCGCAAGGCCACCCGCCUCGCCGUCACGGGCUACCAGGGCGAAAGUACCACGAAGGACGCGAAACGCUGAUCAAGCUCUUGCUCAGAUCAUGCGCGCCAGAAAGCGGCGCGGAGGAGGCUGCUUUUAGUCUUUGAGUGUCACUCUAGUGUCCGAAGUGUCGAGUGUCGUCUCCACAAACCACACAUGUGCAUGUCUCGGCCAUGUCUCGCAUCCUGCCAAUCCUGGCGCGUGAGCAUGAUUGUGGCCGCAAGCUUAGGUGAGCGUCUUGAUUUAUUGCAUCGUGUCAAUAUUU